AUGAGUGAUAAAGCGGAGGAAACACUCCAUCAAAUUAUACAGACAAACUUCGAUAAUUUAAGAGAUGAUCUUCAAAAAUUCAUUACGUAUAAUGAUCAAGUUGUUGCCAAAGAACAAAAUGAUGUUUAUUCACCAAUUAUCGCAAAACUUACAGAUGAAUUGAAUUCUUACCAAACACAAUUUGAACAAAUGCAAACACUCACACAAGAUAAUACUGCUGAAUUAACACGCAAAGAGAAUAUAUUACGUAAGUUAGUUGAAAAGAGUGCACUUUUACAUACCAAAGUUCGUAAUAGUAAUAUUUCAUCACGAGCAUUUCAUACAUGGAUAGAAGACGGCACAGAAAAGCUUAUACUCACCCGCCGUUUUGAAUCUAUUUUCAUUAAAAAGGCAACAGAGCGUGUAUUCUUCCGCCGUUGGAUUCGAAAGAUGCACAAAAGGAGAGAGGAUAGACUUGAACUUGAAGCUAGACACAUUUACGAAAAAGAAUCUAAAGAAUCCAGCAAAAGAUACAACGCCCAGAUUACAAAGCUUGAGGAAGAGCUUGCUGCAGCACGUGCAGAAUUAGAAUCCAAGCAAAAGAGUUUCUUGGAAAUGCAACAACGUCUUAGAAAAGCUUUUAUGCGCGGUGUUGUCAACCUUAACCUUGAAGCUAUGGAUGUAUUCAAUGGAGCUCAGUUCAUGAACUUAGUACAGGAAGUUGAAGGGGGUACUGGAGGCGUUCAUGACUCAGAAAAUGAAGUUGAAGAAGGUGAUGAUGAGUUCUACGUCGAAGAAGCUCCAAAUGUUGCCGUUAUUAGGCAUUAA